GCAGCCUGAGGGGACGCGGUCGGCCUCGGCGGCCGCCGUGUUUAUGCUGUCGAGGCUCGCUUCGGCGUCCCACAGCCACCGGGCUGGCCGGGGCGCCCCUGCCUGCUGACGGGGGAGCUGCCGCCCGCACUUGGCUCUCCGGCUCUCUGCCUCGAGGCCGCCGGACCCUCGGUUUAAAUGUAAUACCUGAUCUUUAUUUCAUCUUCUUCCAAGUGAAAACAGCUAUAUUAAUCCAAAAAACCAUAAUGUGGGAUACCAUCCUUUUUGAGAAGUGAAUUUCAUUGAAUAAAAAUGGCUGACAGAAGUGGGAAGAUUGUUCCAGGCCAAGUGUAUAUUGAAGUGGAAUAUGAUUAUGAAUAUGAUGCAAAGGACAGAAGGAUUGUGAUAAAACAAGGAGAGCGGUACAUCUUGGUGAAAAAAACAAAUGAUGACUGGUGGCAAGUCAAACCAGAUGAGAAUUCCAAAGCAUUUUAUGUGCCAGCCCAGUAUGUUAAGGAGGUCCCUCGCAAAGCUCUAAUGCCGCCUGUUAAACAGGCAGUUGGACAGCCAAAUAAUUCUGUGAAAAUGAUACAGAGUCUACAUCUUCAGAGAUCGACAGAAAAUGUGAACAAAUUGCCUGAGCUUUCAAGUUUUGGAAAGUCAUCAUCUUCUGUUCAAGGAACAGGUCUUAUUCGUGAUGCCAAUCAGAAUUUUGGACCCAGUUGUAGCCCAGGUCAGACUGUCAGCCUAAGCCUGGACCUGACCCAUAAUAAUGGAAAGUUUAACAGUGACUCACAUUCUCCUAAGGUUCCUAGCCAGAAUAGGACGCGCUUAUUUGGUCACUUUCCAGGUCCAGAGUUCUCAGACAUAGAAAAAACUGGCUUCUCCCAGGAACAGUCCUGUGAUUCGGCAGGAGAAGGCUCAGAAAGAAUACAUCAAGAUUCUGAAUCCGGUGAUGAACUUAGCAGCAGCUCUACUGAACAGAUAAGGGCAAGUACACCGCCAAAUCAAGGAAGGCCAGAUUCUCCCGUUUAUGCUAAUCUACAGGAACUGAAGAUAUCCCAGUCUGCUGUUCCCCCGCUUCCUGGAAGCCCAGCAGUUCAGAUUAAUGGAGAAUGGGAAACUCAUAAAGACAUUUCAGGGCGUUGUUAUUACUAUAACAGAGGAACACAGGAAAGAACUUGGAAACCACCUCGUUGGACUCGGGAUGCAAGCAUAAGCAAAGGAGACUUCCAAAGUUCUGGAGAUCAAGAGCUUCUAUCAUCAGAAGAAAACUACCACAGCAUUUCUUACAGCCAGUCAGAUAGUCAGUGUGGUUCUCCUCCAAGGGGUUGGUCAGAAGAGUUGGAUGAACGUGGGCACACCUUAUAUACCAGUGACUAUACUAAUGAAAAGUGGCGCAAGCAUGUUGAUGAUCAAGGUAGACAAUAUUACUACAGCGCAGAUGGGUCUCGAUCAGAAUGGGAAUUGCCGAAGUAUAAUGCUUCAUCGCAGCAGCAGAGGGAAAUAAUAAAAAGUAGGAGCCUGGACAGGCGGCUACAAGAACCGAUAGUGUUAACAAAGUGGAGACACAGCACAAUUGUGUUAGACGCCAAUGACAAGGAAUCUCCAACUGCCUCAAAACUCUGCUUUCCUGAAAAUGAGUCUUCUCCCUCUUCACCACAGCACCAAGAUACAGUUAGUAUAAUAGAAGGUCAAGAGAAAUAUGGGUUAUUAAAUGUAACAAAAAUUACUGAAAAUGGGAAAAAAGUUCGAAAGAACUGGUUGUCUUCUUGGGCAGUGUUGCAGGGUUCAUCCUUACUUUUUACCAAACCUCAAGGAAGUAGCACAAGUUGGUUUGGGGGUAAUCAGUCCAAACCAGAGUUCACAGUGGACCUCAAGGGGGCAACGAUUGAGAUGGCUUCAAAGGAUAAAUCCAGCAAAAAGAAUGUUUUUGAGCUGAAAACCCGUCAAGGAACAGAACUGCUAAUUCAGUCUGAUAGUGAUACCAUUAUUAGUGAUUGGUUUAAAGUUCUUGGCAGUACUAUCAGUAAUCAGGCAGUAGAACCUGAUGAAGGACUUGAAGAGGAAAUCCCAGAUUCACCAGGAAUAGAAAAGCACGACAAAGAAAAGGACCAUAAGGAACCUAAAAAGCUUCGUCAUCAGGUAUUUGGAUCCAAUCUUGCUAAUCUGUGUCAGAGAGAGAAUGGCACAGUACCAAAGUUUGUGAAGUUAUGCAUCGCACAUGUUGAAGAACACGGUUUGGAUGUCGAUGGGAUAUACAGAGUAAGUGGCAACCUUGCAGUGAUACAGAAGCUGAGAUUUGCAGUCAAUCAUGAUGAGAAAUUGGACUUGAAUGAUAGUAAAUGGGAAGAUAUUCAUGUCAUCACUGGCGCACUCAAAAUGUUUUUUCGAGAAUUACCAGAACCUCUUUUUACAUUUAACCAUUUUAAUGAUUUUGUUAACGCAAUUAAACAAGAACCAAGACAACGAGUUGCUGCUGUUAAGGACUUAAUCAAACAGUUGCCAAAGCCAAAUCAAGACACAAUGCAGAUUCUUUUUAGACACCUCAAAAGAGUUAUAGAAAAUGGAGAAAAAAAUCGAAUGACCUGUCAGAGUAUAGCAAUUGUUUUUGGUCCUACUCUGUUAAGGCCCGAGAAAGAGACUGGUAAUAUAGCAGUUCAUACUGUGUACCAAAACCAAAUUGUAGAAUUAAUUCUUCUGGAAUUAAGCUCCAUCUUCGGACGCUGAUUCUUACUGAAGACAGAACCUGUGGAGUAGAAGCUGGAUUCCAUCAGAUUUCAAAUCUUUAUACAUGAUGUAUUUUCUUUUUGGACCAAGCAGUGACUCUUUGAUUUUGCACUUUUUUGAGGGAUUAGAAGGGAAGGGGGAAGCCUCAAGAUGUGUGUUAGGCCCUCAUAUUUGCUGCUUUGUUGCAAGUUGAUAUAAUGUGUAUGUAAUUUUGGAUUAGUUUUAUCCUGAGUGUUUGAAUUUUAGUAAAAAUCAAAACUUGCAGUUGUAACCAGGCAUCUAUACACUGGAUAAUUUGGUAAGAAAACUACAUUUUUGUUUUUUCUUAAACUGGAUAAUACAGAAUUUUUUUUUUAUGACUUGUAGGGUCAUCAUGUAUAGGUUUACCACUUGAUAGGAGUAGUAUCAGUUAUUUUCAAAACACUCUUGGGCAUUUUAAACAAAAUGAAGUAUAUCCGUUCUGAAACCUGUGUAUUUCUUCUUCGGGGUUUCUGCAUGCAGUGGCAGUGUGAGUGCUGACGUUCAUCGUAACCCAGAUAGAAUCCCCUGGUGAAGGCUUGCUGUCUUCCACUUGUUGCACAGCAUCCUUCCUGGAUAGCUUUGCUUGUUUGUGCACACACUAAUAAAUACUACAUUGAACACUGUGACAUACUGGAGAGGUUAGUUAGCAGAAGUCAAUUCAGGGUAUUUUUAGGCUGUGUGUGCUACACUGAAUUGUAGCUAACAGUUCUCAUUAUAUCUAGUGCCAUACUGAGCUCUUAGUAGGACCCUAUGGAAAUGGAUGUUAUUUGUUGUAAAUACAUGCUAAAGACUUAAUGCCCUUUAGCUUAUGUAUAUAAUUGUGUUGUAUAGUCUCAGUACAUUCUAACCCUACAUUUCUAAUCAUGGUAUAGGUAUUGCUGUAGGUGAUCUUUUCCAUGAAUAUUAGGUUUCCUCCAGAAAUAGGCUGUUAUUUGGGGAAGUAACUGUGUGCACUUUUAGAUUUUAAUUACAUUUACAGGCAAAUCACUGUAAUGUUAAUGGUACUGGAAAAAUACUGAAUAGACUUGCUAAAUGGUAAAUGCACUACAAGAGGAACCUUUUAGAUUAUUUAACAUGUACAGAAUACAUUAGAAAAAUUUAUUACAGAGUUCUAACUCUACAGUAUGAAUAGUGGAAGCCCAUAUAUAAAUUAGAUGGAUGUUGGAUAGAAAAUGACAUUGCUAAAUUUGAGAAUUUCUUUUUACAUUACUAAUGUAGAUUGAUUUGUAUAAUAAAACAGGGUUUGGAAGGUUUUGUUACAGGGAGCAUGGUCAGUUGAAGAUUUUUUAAAUGUAUUUUUCUAGAUUAACUGCUGUAUAUGAAAUGUCUAAUCUGAAUAAAGAAAACUAUAAGAAGCUUAGAGGUUUUUCCAUUGGAAAUGUGCUUUUUUUUUUUUUUUGGCGUUUACUGGCAUACUCUUAUACCUCAUUUUAAAAAAUCAACUGAAUCUGAUAUUUCCUGUGGCAAAUAUAUUUUUCUUAUUUCACACCUUUUCUCCUCCCUGCUAUGCCAUCACUCUCUUCUGUCCCUACACGUUUUUAUUUCUUCAUCAAUGCUUGGAAGUGACUGAUUGUAACCAAGACUCUGUUUAUUAGGAUUGCAUUUAUGAUUUAAAAUUAGGAUUGCCUUCCUUGGGAAAAAAUAUUUUAUGUGGUAUGUUGAAAAACCUCUCACCUGAGUUUUGUGGUAAAAAUAUUGUGUUUAUUAUUGUGAUCUUGUUAAAUUGAUAACAAACCAAGUACUUGAUAGGUGUAGGAAAGCAGAUUGUUUCAGGCAGGGAGAAAAAGCCUCAAAUCAAAAUGUUUAUUUUUCCAUAAAGAUGCCCUGCAAUAUGCUUUAGGACUGGAAUAUAUAGUUAAUUGCGUACCAGGAAAACAGACUCUUGUCAGUGACAUUCUUCCCCUCGGCCGUCAUGGAAAUACCAGAGAUUAGAACUGUCCUGUGUUUCUUGUUUCGGAGUACGUGUAUGUAUGUGAGUCUUAACUCUUUUCUCAGUCACUGGCUAAUCGGUAUGUUGUACUGUUGUAUGUACAGUGUGAUCAGUGUCUUGUGUUUUCAUCAUUUGUGAAUUAAAAAUUGUCACUUGUUUUUAUAAUAACAAACCAGUAAUAUUUUCUGUCUCAAAAGCUUGAUUUUUAGUAGAAAAUGUAUUAAAGGCUGAAAGAAAUUGUCAGUGUAAUUUCAUUUACCGAGUUGGCCUUCCUUCAGAACAUGAUAAAAGAAAAAAGGUAGUCAGAAAUGGGAAAUGGGGGGAAAAGUAUAUUCAAAUACAUCAUCACAUUCCAAUUAGGAAAAAAAACUCAUUAUUUAGAUUUUAAAGCAAUAAGAAAUUUACCUUUUACCAUGAAAAGUUAAUUACGAAAUAGCUCUGGAAGAAUCAUGUUACCUUGUAGAUACAGGUAAAUUUAUACAUUAUUUUUGUUAUGUGAAAAGCACGAAUAGAAUAAUUCAGGCAGACUUUGGGUUUGGGCAGAUAAGGUGUGUGGGUAUACAUACGUGCAUUUGUGUGCAUGCCAUUGCUUAUAUACAAAAGAAAAGUCAUCAAUAAUAAUAAUGGCAAAUACUUGGAGACCUUCAUACUAUUUUAGUAUCUCAUGCUCCUUUGCAAGCCUGUAAUAUUGUGUAUAAUAAUAGCAGCGAGGGGGAAAAGAGUUCCAUAAUUGUGCCAAGAGAUAUUUUUUCCAGCUCAUGGGAGAGGCUUCUAAUUAGAUACUUAAAGUAAACGUGUUUCCCAUGACACUAAUUCCUCAAACAUUGUUAGACUUUUUUUUUGUGUAAAUACACAGAGGAGUCCACAACAGGUCGCUUUAGUAACAAAGAAAAUAGAGUCACGUGUGGCAUGCUCUCUCUGGUCUAAUAAAAUCCAGUGUUCAAUACUGCAUCUACAUGAAGAAUUGGAAAAGGGUAGAAAAUAAGACUUUAUGGAGUUUACUCUUUUCCUAAACUCCAGCCAUUGGCUCUAAUGAUUGUGUUUUAUAGAAAGCACUUCUCUAGCGCAAGAUGAGAGAAGAUGUUUAAUAGGAACUUCAGUCUCUUUGUUGCAGUCUUGGAC